AUGGCGCUGCAGGUGGCCGAGGUGCAGGGGUUGCAGCUGCCCCUGGGUGAGUCCUUCACCCUCCUGUGGUCGAUGGGGACGAGGGAAAACGAGCGCUUCGAUUGCCACCCCAACCCCGGAGCCUCCCGAGAGAGCUGCGAGAGCCUCGGCUGCGUCUGGAACGAAAGCACUUCCACUUCCGGCGUCCCCUUCUGCCACUACCCCGGCCCCGGGAGCGGGUACCGCGCCAUCGACGUCCGGUACGGCCCCGAUGGCGUCACCGCCGACGUCACCUGCGACGGGUGCGGCCCCGGAGCCGCCGCCGGCGUCACCGAGCCCGUGGGGACGCUGAGGGUGGAGGCGACGUUCCACACCGACCACCUGCUGCAGUUCAAGAUCUUCGACACCUCCCGGCGUCGUUACGAGGUGCCGGUGCCUCUGACGCUGCCGGCGGCACCGGAAGCGUCGAUGGAAGGCCGGCUCUAUGACGUCACCAUCCAGGACGAGCCCUUCGGGGUCCAAGUGCGACGUCGCAGCAGCGGCACCGUCAUCUGGGAUUCGCAGCUGCCGACCUUCACCUUCACCGACAUGUUCAUCCAGAUCUCCACCCGCCUUCCAUCAGCGAACAUUUACGGCUUCGGCGAAUCGGAGCACCCGUCCUUCCGCCACGACCUCAACUGGCACACCUGGGGGAUGUUCACCAGGGACCAGCCCCCCGGGUACAAGCUGAACUCCUACGGCUUCCACCCCUUCUACAUGGCCUUGGAAGACGACGGCAACGCCCACGGGGUCCUCCUGCUCAACAGCAACUCCAUGGAUGUCACUUUUCAACCGACCCCUGCCCUCACCUACCGCACCACGGGGGGGAUCCUGGAUUUCUACGUGGUCCUGGGGCCGACGCCGGAGGAGGUGGUGCAGGAAUACACCCAGCUGAUAGGAAGGCCCGUCCUGCCCCCCUACUGGGGCUUGGGCUUCCAACUUUGCCGUUACGGCUACGAGAACGACUCCGAAAUCGCCCAACUGGUGCAGGACAUGAACCGAGCCCAGAUCCCACUGGACGUGCAAUAUUCCGACAUCGAUUACAUGGAGCGUCAAUUGGAUUUCACCCUCAGCCCCAAAUUCCAGGGGCUCCCGGCGCUCGUCGAUCAAAUCCGGAGGGACGGGAUGAGAUUCGUCCUCAUCCUGGACCCGGCCAUCUCCGCCAACGAGACGGAUUAUUUACCAUUCGAGAGGGGGAAGGAGCAGGACGUGUUCAUCAAAUAUCCCAACAGCAGUGACAUCAUUUACGCCAAGGUCUGGCCGGAUUUUCCCAACGUGGAGGUCGAUGAAUCUUUGGAUUGGGACACCCAAGUUGAGCUUUUCCGGGCGUUCGCGGCCAUGCCGGAUUUCUUCCGGAAUUCCACCCGGGAAUGGUGGGCUCGGGAAAUCGCCGAGGUUUACGACAACCCCCGCAACGCCUCCCUGAGCAUCCGCUUCGACGGCCUCUGGAUCGACAUGAACGAACCCUCGAGUUUCGUCCACGGCUCCGUCGACUCCUGCCGGGACCAACAACUCAACUUCCCACCCUACAUGCCCCAGCUGGGCUCUCGCUCCGAGGGGCUGAGCUACAAAACCAUCUGCAUGGAGGGGCAGCAGCAGCUCCCGGACGGGACCCCCGUGCGGCACUUUGAUGUUCACAACCUGUACGGCUGGGCCCAGACCCCGCCCACCCUCCAGGCGCUGCGUUCAUUGACGGGCGAGCGUGGAUUGCUCAUCACUCGCUCCACGUUCCCCGGCAGCGGCCGCUGGGCGGGGCAUUGGCUGGGGGACAACACGGCCGCCUGGGACCAGCUCCACAAAUCCAUCAUCGGAAUGUUGGAAUUCAGCCUCUUCGGCAUCCCCUACAGCGGCGCCGACAUUUGCGGAUUCUUCCAAGAUUCCACCUACGAGCUCUGCGCCCGCUGGAUGGAACUGGGAGCCUUCUACCCCUACUCCCGAAACCACAACGGAAAAGGAUCCAGGCGCCAGGAUCCGGUGGGUUGGGAUUCUGCCUUCGCGGAGCUGUCGCGGGCGGUUCUGCUGACGCGGUACCGGCUGCUGCCCCACCUGUACACGCUGCUGUUCCACGCCCACAGCGGCGGCCACACCGUGGUCAGGCCCCUCCUGCACGAGUUCGUGACUGACCCAACCACCUGGAAUCUUUCCCAGCAGUUCCUGUGGGGGGAGGGGCUGCUCAUCAGCCCCGUCCUGGAAGAGGGGCUGAGCUCGCUGCGUUUGUACCUGCCCGACGCGCGCUGGUUCGACUUCUACACCGGGGAGGAGGUCGGAAUUCGACGUCAAUUCGUGGAGCUGCCGGCGCCGCUCGGGCACAUCAACCUGCACGUCAGGGGAGGGAGCAUCCUGCCCCAGCAGGAACCGGCCAAUAACACCACCUACAGCCGGCGGAACGCUCUGAGCCUGACGGUGGCUCUGGACGACGCCCUCCGGGCCCGCGGGAGCCUCUUCUGGGACGACGGCGUCGGCAUCGACACGGUCGAGGCCGGGCGGUACCUGCUGAUGGAAUUCACCGCCCACACCAACGUUCUGGAGCUGCGUGUUCUGCACGGGGGUUACGUCGACCCCAACGCUCUGCGGUUCACCCAGAUCCGCGUGCUGGGCGUGGCCGCGCCCGUGGGCGGGGUCAGCGUGGAGAGGAACGGGCAGCAGAUCCAGUCCGGGCACCGCGUGGAGCACGACGGCACCACCCAGGUGCUGACGAUCACGGAGCUGGCGCUGGAGCUGGGCCAGAACUUCACCCUCACCUGGACUUGA